GGGUCACUUUGGGGUCAUUCUGGGUGGUUGUGGGUCACUUUGGCCGUUUUGGUGCCCCUUGCUGACCGCGUGUCUCCGCCCCAGGAGCGCGCCGUGCGCUGCCCGAUGUCCGGCCGCCGCCUGCGCCUGGCCGAGCUGGUCAGUGUCCACUUCACGCCGGCCGAGCCCGGCCUGAGCCCGGGGCAGCUGCUGGCCCGAGAGCCGAGUGACCGCUACGUGUGCGCGCUGACCAGGGACCCGCUGGGCAACGCCACCCCCUGUGCUGUGCUCCGGCCAUCGGGUGCAGUGGUCACUCUGGCCGCCGUGGUCACUCAGUCUCUCCCCCCAGGGGGUCAGUGGUCACUCUGGCCGCAGUGGUCACUCUGUCUGACCCCUGUGUCCAUCCCCAGGGGUGCAGUGGUCACUCUGGGGUCAGUGGUCACUCUCUGUCCAUCCCCAGGGGUGCAGUGGUCACUCUGGGGUCAGUGGUCACUCUCUGUCCAUCCCCAGGGGUGCAGUGGCCACUCUGGGGUCAGUGGUCACUCUGAG